UUUCUUUUUCAGUAAAUGUCGUGUUUUUUGUGGAUUUUAAAAUUUUGCAAGUCGGGUAAACUGUGCACACACACGUGACCUAUUUCAGAGUGUUGGCAAUUUGAACAAGUCUUUAAAUUAAAAUUGUAUCAUAUUGCUGCUGGCGUGAUAAACAUGGCUGCUGAAGUUAUGAGUGUAAACGGGGAAUUAAAUGAUUCAGACAGGCUAAAAGCUGAGAAAUUUAAAGAAGAAGCCAACCAUUUAUUUAAAGACAAGAAAUAUGAAGAAGCGAUCGACCUUUACACGAAAGCAAUUGAAGUGAACCCUAAGUCUGCUGUCUACCACGCAAACCGUAGUUUUGCCAACCUACGAUUAGAGAACUAUGGAUUUGCGCUUGAAGAUGCUACUACUGCAAUAUCAUGUGAUAAAAAAUAUAUUAAAGCUUACUAUAGAAGGGCUUCUGCCUAUAUGUCGUUGGGGAAGUUUAAACUAGCGCUACGUGACUUAGAAGCUAUUGUUAAAGUUCGUCCCACAGACAAAGAUGCGCGAAUGAAAUACACAGCUUGCAGUAAAAUUGUAAAACAAAAAGCUUUUGAGAAAGCGAUCGCUUGCGAAGAUAACAAGAAACUUGUAUCGGAAAGUAUUAACCUUGAUAAUAUAACUGUUGAGGAAAGUUACAACGGUCCGCGAAUACCCGAGAGCGGAAUAAACGCAGAAUUUAUGAAAAAUUUGGUCCAGACAUUUAAAGAUCAGAAUAAGUUACACAGAAGAUAUGCUUACCAAAUCCUGCUUGAAAUGAAAGAAAUAUUGAGUGGGUUGCCGUCGUUGGUUGAUAUUGUAGUAGAAAAGGACGAUCAACUAACUGUAUGUGGAGACGUACAUGGCCAAUACUAUGACAUGUGUCAUGUGUUUGAACUCAAUGGACUCCCAGCAGAAGACAAUCCUUAUUUAUUCAAUGGAGAUUUUGUCGACAGAGGUUCUUGGUCGGUAGAAGUUAUAUUGGUGCUGUUUGGUUACAAAAUUUUACUCCCUAACAAGUUCCACCUUGUUCGAGGCAACCAUGAAACUGACUACAUGAACCAGAUGUAUGGAUUCGAGGGCGAGGUUAAAGCUAAAUAUGGGGGAAACAUGAUGGGUUUAUUCAGUGAGGUGUUUAACUGGCUACCUCUGUCUUACUGUAUCAACGGAAAAGUACUGAUUAUGCAUGGUGGGUUAUGUGAGAAAGAUGGCGUGACCUUGGAUGACCUUCGUAAAAUCGAGCGAAAUCGUCAACCUCCAGAGAACGGACUCAUGUGUGACCUCUUGUGGUCAGAUCCUCAAGCAAAGAUGGGCAGAGGUGUAAGCAAGCGUGGGGUAAGUUGUCAAUUUGGACCUGACAUCACAUCAAACUUUCUACGCAAUAAUGGGUUGGAUUAUAUUAUAAGAAGCCACGAAUGUAAGAAUGGUGGAUACGAGGAGCAACACAACGGUAAAUGCAUCACAAUAUUCUCCGCUCCGAACUAUUGUGAUCAGAUGGGAAACAAGGGGGCUUUCAUCACGUUACGAGCACCAGAUUUAAUUCCAAAGUUCACACAGUUUGAAGCAGUGAAACACCCGGAAGUCCAACCAAUGGCGUACGCAAACUCAUUCAUGCGAAUGAAUGGAAUGUUUUAAACUACUGUGGCUGCGUUUCAUUUUUAGGACAUUUCGAUCCAAACUUUGUUUUUACGUAAAGUGUAUAUUUUCCAAUUUGAAAUAAAUUUCAGAUACAUUUCAA